AUGACCGAAGAAGAAGAAGCUAUCUUCUGGGACGAACAUGAAGAACUGGCCGAGGAGCAGACUCGGAACACUCGCGGCAAACACCGACAAAAUCGGAAACCUGCUAGCGAGAAAUCCCAGAUCCGCGAUCUUCGCGAUCAACUCAUGAAAACGGCUGCAGAAGUCAGAGCGGUGAAAUCUCAUAUUCACCAUUCUACUAGCACCGCGUCCGAGAUCAAUCUGCUUCUCGAGAAAUCUCAAAAAAUGCCCUUUACUACCCGUAUCACCAGAACUAGAGUUUCAGACCAUGGAAGGAUCAAGGUAACGACUUACGAUGUAACAACUGAUCCCAAGGAACACCUGCAAGCUUUCCAGAUCGCAAUGGGGAGAGCCAAAUUCAGAGAAAGCGAAAGAGAAGCCGGCGAAUGCCGCCUCUUCGUUGAAAACCUCCAAGAUGCAGCGCUCGAAUGGUUCUCUCGCCUAAAGCGGAAUUCCAUCGGAAGCUUUCGCAAACUCGCCUUGGAGUUUCUCAAGCAGUACUAUAUGUUCAUAGACCGAGAAACCUCCGAUGUCGAUCUUUGGAGCAUGUCCCAAGGAGAGGACGAACCUCUCCGCGACUUCAUAAAACGAUUUAAGAUUGUCAUGGCUAGAGUCAGUGGUAUAAGCGACAAAGUUGCAGUAGACACACUCCGUAAAACCUUGGAUAAGCCGCGUACGAUCCAGGACGCGCUCCAUAAGGCCAUGGACUACAUAACCAUCAAAGAAGAGACGAAAGUCUUAUCGCAAAAACAGAAGCUCACGAAAACUUCAUUGAAGGAUCCUGGGUCGGAUCAGAAAUCUAAAAGAAGAAACCCUCGUAACGACAAAAACGUCCAUCACGAGGAAGAGGACACCCAGGGAGCGCAUAACUACGCCCGCUGCCAUUCGACCGUAAACUGCAAGGUUCUCGGUGAAAGGUUGGCUGCAAAGCUGCUCGCAGGAGAACUCGCCGAAGUAUCUAGAGUAAAAGAUCUCGUCUGCGACUCAGACUGUCCUCCAAGAAACGAUAAAGCCCCUCAAAUCGAGAACUCUCUCCGAGAGAACCAAUCAGGAGAAAAGAGCGGGAGAAGGCAGGACGAGAAGAGCAAUUAUAAUAGUCGCCGCAGAGUCAAUAUGAUCAUCGGAGGAUCGCAGUACUGCAGCGAUACCAUCUCUGCCAUCAAAGCUUAUGAGCGCAAGGCUGAGACAAGCGCAAAUUCGCUAACCUUGUAUGCGCCUAGCGACUUCCCGAAAGGAGUGAUCACUUUGGAUGAAGAAGAGGCCGGUAGCACGGUCAAUGUCAUCUUCCGUGACACUCCUAAAAGAAUGAACGUCGUGCUAGGAGAAGUCGUACCAUUCCCCAAGCCGCUAACCGGUUUCGAGGGCAUGACAUCUAUGACUCUCGGAUCGAUCAAACUACCCUUUGCGGCGAAAGAAGUCACGAAGAUCGUCGAUUUCGCAGUCGUUGACCACCCGGCCAUCUACAACGUCAUCAUGGGCACACCUUGGCUGAACGCCAUGAAAGCAGUCCAGUCGACUUAUCACUUAGGCAUCAAAUUCCCGACUCAUAACGGAAUUGCCGCAAUCUGGGGAUCCUAG